AUGGUAGACGACCGAGGGGAUGACGAUUCCUUCUUGGCGGACUUGACGGGCUUCCUCAAUACUUUGCAGCCUCCCACAGAGUUGCAAGCCCCUACCGCUACCGGUAUUGCGACCGACGCAGCGGACUUGCUAGUGGACAGUGACAAGCUUUUAGCGGAGAUGGAGGCGUUGCUCGCCUCCUGUGACGGUCCCACCAGGAGUGCAACUCAAGUACCGCGAGUCCUUACCGGUAACGCUGAUGCAGAGCAACACAAGGCAUUGGAAGAUGAGCGACGAGAGCUUCGGAACAAGCAGGCGGCCAAGAGGAGACUCAAGUACCGCAACAAGUUGAAGGACGAGCGGCAGACGCUGCGCGAGCAGGAGAAGACGCUGUCGGACGAGUUGAGCGAGCUGCUGCAAGCGAGGAAGAAGGCCAAGGCAGCGCAGGAGAACAGCGUCUUUAACCCAGUGUGGAAGGGGGUUGCCACAAGGCAAAUGGAGGGGCGACUGGUAGCGGAGGAGCAGCAGCACGUGCAGUCGCUAGUCGACAAAAAGUGCUUCAAGAGGUGGGGGAGAUGA